AUGGAGAUAUUUUGGCUUUUCAUGAUCAUUACUUUAAUAAAAGCAGAAGAUCAUCAAUUUAAAUGUCCUCUAACGAAAGCAUUGAUCCAAUCCCUUCUUGAUGAUGCUUAUAUUCCUGGCGCUGCAAUAAUAGUCGUCAAACCAAAUGAAAUUAUUUAUGAAGAAGGAAUUGGUUAUCAUUCUCCACCUAUUUCAGAACCACGUCAACCAAUAGAUCCUUCAACUUCAAUUUUCCUUUUGGGCUCCGUCUCAAAAACAUUCAUUGUUGUAGCAGCUAUGUAA